UUUGUGUAUUGCCCUCUUAUGGGGCUAGGGGCGGGAUUCGGGACUCGACUCGACACCAAACCCGGAGCAUAGAAACACAUAAACCAAGGGUCAAGCCCCAGCAAUACAGGAAAUGGUUAUACAGCAAUACUCAUAACUCGAUAACAAAAGUCUCGACGACUCCCCCCCUCGCCAAAAUGGCCAACCCAGUGCUUUUCACCAGCCUCCCUCCCCGAGAAGCCAUCGCCGACGCACUCCACCGCUGCAUUCUCGGCAUCGACAGCAAUAACCAACCUCUUUUUGAGUCUGCCUGCUUGAAAACCGAGGAAAUGACCUGGACCGGCAACGGCUUCAACAUCCAGGGCUGGACGGCAAUUAAAGCGCUAUUCGACAGGCUUUUCGUUCUGGUCACCACGCACACCAUCAGCGGUAUUCGAGUGGAAGUGGAAGACGGCGCGAGCGAGGCAGUCUUGACUGCUCACGCUAUGUCGUAUCAUGUGCGGCCGGAGGAUGCGUUCAUAAAGGAGGAUACCUCCUACACGGCGUCGAGCUUGUAUACUCUUGGUCUUGUGAAGGAUGUGGGGGAUGGGUUGUGGAAGAUCAAAAGGUGGGAGGCGGAGGUUCUUUGGACUACAGGGGAUCGCGGAGUGCUUCAAUCUUAAACGUCUUUGAUGGUGUAUUCUGAAAUCUACCUGUGGAGUUGUGCAGUGAAUGCGUAAGUAGCUAGUAGUCUUGUUCCCGUAACCCAGACGCCUCCAAUUCCAAAUGUUGUCUCUGUAACUCUGCCUGCACAAUCUGAGUCCUUCCAAACUCCAUCCCUGCGUGAACUUUCACAUCCGCAUUGUUUUGCUUCUCACGCGAACCCAGUCUUCCUUCUUGAUGUCGAUUUCCGAUUUAGCAUCAACAGACAACGCCGUCGGGCGUGGUUUCCGCUUGAAACAACCACGGACCCACGCGAACAUCUGCUGAAC